UAUGAAUUACUAUGUCCAUGUAAAAUUAAUCUUAUUUAUUAAAAUUGUAUAUUUAAAUAAUAUAGUAAUAGGCAUAGCCGAGGUCUAGCCUAGACUAGGCCUAAACAAAAUGACUACGCCUAUAUGUGAGUGUGCAAAAUUGUGAAAGAAUGAAAGGAAGAAUGGGCAAAGAGAUUUGGAGUGGCUGAAAUAUUUUCCGUAAAUAUACAAUAGUAGUCAAUAUGCUAUUAUUGCAUUACGUUUUUGUAAACAAUUAUGGGCACUAAUCGACAGAGGUAUCGGUGCCACAGCCUACACUUUUCAUAAUUCGUAAUUUAUAGCGAGAUCAGUGUUUGUAAACAUGGUAAAAGAAUCGCCAGUAAAUUUGUCGCCCUCUAUGAUUGAUUGCGAAUCCAGCCGCCCCCUUGAUUUGAAUUUUUUGAGGAUGUGACCGACAAAGUUUAUGUUGUGAAGAAUGCUCGCACAAAAACAACAUGAGAUUAUGGAGGCGAGAGUGGAACAAUGGAGGAUGCAGAAGACAAACAGGACACCACAAACCAGAAGGCAACCGACUGAUAGGAAAAAGCUACCUUGCGGCAAAGAAUUGAUUAGUUUUAAAACACAACAAAAAGGUCAAAUGUCAAGAAGUGUUCCAAGUUCAAGGAGGAAAAAAAGGUCAAAACAGGAGGAUAGGUCAGCACAGGGACAAAGGUCUGUACUAGCUCUACGGUCAAAACAACAGGAUGUUCUUCAACGCAAAGAGACAAGCUCCGAUCUAACCAUGAGAGAAAAACUUGAAGCCUGGCUUGUUGAGAAAAAAAAGCGAAUGGAAUUUGAAAAAGCACAGAUUAAGAUUCUACCAUGGAACAGUAAUAAGAGGAAGCUAGCAGUGAGUCGCCUGGAUUGGCAGCCAGACACAAGCUUCAAACUAAGAAACAUUGUAACAAGCAAAUACCGGGGGUACUACGGUCAAGCAAAAGCUUGUAAGUUAACUCCUGGUCAACUCCUUUGUCCUGUUGAUACAACUAAAUGGGAAGCGAUAAAUUUAAAGGAAAAUGUCAUGACAGAAAUGAAUUCAGUUAAAAUGAGUUUGGAGGAUGAAGGACUUGAGGCGAUAAGAGUGUCUUCAGGUGAUCUCAUCAA